GAGAGAGAGAGAGAGUCUGUGUUGUCAAAGAUGUGUCUCCUCUUUACGCAUCAGUCGCCUCUCACCCUUCAGUCAGUCAGAUAACAGUCUUCAGUCAGAUAGACGAUUCUCAGGAAAUAAAUAAAGUUUUCCUCUUUUGGCAGGUUGUCUCGGAGUGAAAACCUCCGCUCUCAUUGCGCUUUUACGCGCGGAGCAUCCCGUUGCGCGCCUGGCAGCGCUGCCUCUCUCCCGCUCUGUCACCGCCGGCCGGAGCGCCUCUGUGGAUAUUCUCCGCGCUCCGCGCAGGAAAAGCGCAUCGUGGCGAUGGACGACGAGUUCCUCUCUAACUUACCCCCGGCUCUGGCUGGAGACUCCGACGCUCUGAGCCCCAACUCUACUGAAGAGCCUGGCUGGUGGGCGUCCGGGGACGGUGGGGAGACGGUCCAUCUCGCCGUGCGCUGCGUCAUGACCUCGGUGUACAUCCUGAUCAUCACCGUGGGUCUGCUAGGAAACAUCACCCUGGUGAAGAUCUUCAUCACCAACAGCGCCAUGCGGAGCGUGCCCAACAUCUUCAUCUCCAGCCUGGCGGCGGGAGACCUGCUGCUGCUGGUCACCUGCGUGCCGGUUGACGCUUUCCGCUACUUCUCCGAGGAGUGGGUGUUCGGCGAGGCGGCGUGCAAACUCAUCCCCGUCAUCCAGCUCACCUCGGUCGGCGUGUCCGUCUUCACGCUCACCGCGCUCAGCGCGGACAGGUACAAGGCCAUAGUGAACCCCAUGGACAUCCAGACAUCCAGCGCUGUCUUCUGGACGUGUCUCAAGGCCGUUUCUAUCUGGCUGCUGUCUGUCCUGCUGGCUGUUCCUGAGGCCAUUUUCUCACAAGUCGUCUCCAUGCAGGGUCACAGGGACGACACUAACGUGACCUUCGUGAACUGCGUGCCGUACCCGUUGUCUAAUCAGAUGCAUCCUAAGAUCCACUCGGUGAUGAUCUUCUUGGUUUACUUCCUGAUCCCUCUGGCCAUCAUCUCGGUGUAUUACUACCACAUCGCCCGCACGCUCAUCAAGAGUGCCCACGACAUGCCGGGAGAAGUCAGCGAACACACCAAGAGACAGAUGGAGACGAGGAAGCGUCUGGCCAAGAUCGUGCUGGUGUUCGUGGGUCUGUUCGCGCUGUGCUGGUUCCCCAACCAUGUGCUCUACAUGUACCGCUCCUUCCACUACCACCAGAUGGACCUGUCGCUGGCCCACCUUGUCAUCACGUUGCUGGCCAGAGUCCUCAGCUUCUCCUCUUCCUGCGUCAACCCCUUUGCUCUCUAUCUGCUCAGCGAGAGUUUCCGCCGGCACUUCAACAGUCAGCUGCGAUGUGGUCGAGGUCCGCGGCCCGAGCGCCAGGCCAGCUACGUGCAGAGCACCUCCCACAUUCGCCUCACCUCCAUCAAAAAGACCACGCCCACUGCCGCCGUCGUCGCCGCCCCCGCCGCCAACGGCAACUCCAGCAGACAAGAGGUGGCUCUGUGAGGGGGGGGGGGGGGCUAAUUUUCAGUCCUGCCAACUGCAGCUACAAGACCAGGAGAGGUACUGUCAUGACUGUGUGGAGGCCUUACACCA